UUGGAAUUUCUCGAUCUCUCUCGUAACCCCUCAGGUCCUCGUCCGACACCACAGGCCCUGGGUCGCUCCUCACAGUUCAUACACCACGACCACCACCAUGACCAAGAUAUUGACCUCCAGCCAAGCUGAGGAACUGCACAAGUCGAUAAUCGCCUACCUAUCAUCAAUAAAUGCCACGCGGAGUUGUGAGGCGCUGCGGGAGGAACUUCAGGUGGACAAUAGUUUCGACGAUGCGCUGUGCCGAAAAUAUGAGGGGCUGUUAGAAAAGAAAUGGACGGGCAUUGCUCGCCUGCAGAAGAAGAUCUUGGAUCUAGAAUCUAAACUCGCUGGUCUACAAACUGAGCUCGAUACUAUAUCACCUACGGCCCGGUCCACUGGGAAAGACCCGACAAAUUGGCUCCCCGCGUCCCCCCGACAUACCUUCGAAUCGCAUCGAGACGCUGUCACAUGCGUCGCAUUCCACCCUAUUUUCACCUCCCUCGCCUCCGGUUCCGAAGAUUGCACGAUCAAAAUAUGGGAUUGGGAACUCGGCGAACUGGAACGGACGCUCAAGGGCCAUAUGCGGCCGGUCUCCGAUCUCGAUUUCGGCGGCCAAAAGGGUCACACGAUACUCGCAUCCUGUUCCAGUGACUUGCAGAUUAAAUUGUGGGAUCCGAACAAGGACUAUGCCAACAUCCGAACACUUUCUGGGCACGAUCAUUCAGUUUCCGCGGUGCGCUUUUUGCGACAAACCGAUAAUAUCCUAGUCUCGGCCAGCCGAGAUGCAUCGAUUCGGAUAUGGGAUGUUUCGACCGGAUACUGUGUCAAGGUGAUCGACUCACACGGCUCCUGGAUCAAAGACGUGUCGCCUUCCUUUGAUGGGAAAUGGUUGGUGGCAGGUGGUCGUGAUCAAGCCGCUGUGGUCUGGGAAGUCGCAUCCGCCAAAUCCGUCGCGUCAUUAAUAGGGCAUGAGAACUACAUUGAGUGCUGUGUCUUUGCGCCUCCGGCGAGCUACAAGCAUCUCGCUGCGAUAGCGGGACUGAAGCAACCCCCACCGAUGAGUAGCUCGUCCGAAUUCAUCGCGACUGGGGCGCGCGACAAGACGAUCAAGCUCUGGGAGUCUCGGGGACGACUGAUUAAGACUUUAGUCGGGCAUGACAACUGGGUGAGAAGUCUGGUCUUCCAUCCUGGCGGGAAAUACUUGAUCAGCGUGGCGGACGACAAGACGAUACGAUGCUGGGAUCUCUCGCAGGGCGGCCGCUUGGUGAAGACGGUCAACGCACACGGGCAUUUUGUUAGUUGCAUCCGCUGGGGGCCAGUUACUGUGAACGAUGUUUCAGUGGAGUCUUCCGAAUCGACUAAAAGUUCCAAGACGGACCUUGCCAAGCCUGGGUUUCGAUGCGUGAUUGCAACAGGGAGCGCCGAUUCAAGUGUACGGAUUUUCACGUAGUCUCAGAGACUCAGAUUCUGCCUCGCAAGACCGUAAAAACCAUCCAUCCAUCCAUCCAUCCAUCCAUCCAUCCAUCCAUCCCUGAACCACCCUCCCUUCCGAGGUCUCAGGCCAGACCCUUUAUCUCCGAACAACACCAACCACCAGGGGAAUUGAUGAAAUGAUGAUCUUAUGAAUCAUGUUGUGGACUAGAAC